AUGUCGAGGCCUGUGGCAGCCUCCACCCCGCCUGUGGCAGCCUCCACCCCGCCUGUGGCAGCCACCACCCCGCCUGUGGCAGCCUCCACCCCGCCUGUGGCAGCCACCACCCCGCCUGUGGCAGCCACCACCCCGCCUGUGGCAGCCACCACCCCGCCUGUGGCAGCCACCACCCCGCCUGUGGCAGCCACCACCCCGCCUGUGGCAGCCACCACCCCGCCUGUGGCAGCCUCCACCCCGCCUAUGGCAGCCUCCACCCCGCCUGUGGCAGCCACCACCCCGCCUGUGGCAGCCACCACCCCGCCUGUGGCAGCCUCCACCCCGCCUGUGGCAGCCACCACCCCGCCUGUGGCAGCCACCACCCCGCCUGUGGCAGCCACGAGCCGGACUCUUCAAACAGUUCCACAACAUCUUUCGAACCUGUAA